GAUUUGUGUUGAUCUACAGGCGUGAGGCUGAUUUUGUGGCUGCAUGCUUCUAGGUCAUCAAAGAAAAGUGAUUGGUUCUCAUCACUUUCAGUACGUUUUCUUCUUUGUCUGUUUAGCCUGCUAGCUACUGACGCUUAGCCUAUUUCUGGCUUCGACAUAUAGUAAAUUACUGAUAUUAGAGAUGAGUGACGACGAGGCUCCGCGCGUGCGGUCGAAGCAAUGGCUGGCGGCCGAAAGGCGGGCCGUAGCUCUGGAUGGUGGAGUUUUUGUCGGCGGCGGAGGCAGUGGAAACCACGCACAGGGAAGUAAAUCCAAAGGAGCCAAGCUGCAGAAAGGGAGAGGCAACGCGGGUGAGCAACAGGAAGCGUCUGGAGAGAAUGAUGAGAAUCGACUCUCAAAUAAGGCCAAAAAGCGCGAGGCGAUGCGCGAACAGCAGAAAGCGAAGAAAGAUGCCAAAAAGGCUGGUGCACAGCCGAUUUCAAAGAAGGAAAAGCAGCAGCAAGAAAAUGCGGUGUCGAACUCUGUCAGUGAUUUUUUGCUCGGUCGUUGCUUUAGUGACUCAGUGGGACCAGCUCAAAGGCAGGAAGGGAGUAAAAAAGGCGGUGUAGCACCACGUGGAAAGCUACUUCUGGAGCGUGCGUUGCCCUUAGUAGCAGAGACCGCCGCCAAGGUUACGGCCGAGCCUGAGAAAGAGCUUGCUACAAGUUUCCCCUUUUUCCUCAAGUUGUACGCGACGUUGGACCGAUACAGCGCUGGGAAGGCACUGCGGCAGCAUGCGCGAUUCAAGAACAACAAAAAUACAACAACUACAGCAAAUCCUCAACCAUCGUCGCAUGAGAUUGAGCAGCAUCAGGCGCAAGCAGACAACGUGAAGCACUGUGCGCUCAUUUCUGCGGUCGCUGUGCUUCGUGACAUUCUUCCGGGGUACCGCCUGCGCAGUGACCAGCCAGACAGGGCGAACACUUUUCUGUCGAGAGGCGUCUUGCGGACUCAAAAAUUUGAGAAUCUCUUGCUGCAAAUGUACGAGAAGGUAACAACGCAGCUCCUUGUAAACGUAAAAAACAAUCCUUUGGUGUACGGCGUGCCUCUCUGUAGUCUCGCCACACGAUCCAAGGCGAUGCACUUCAAUUUUCGAACCAGAUUAGUCACGGCACUAGUGAAGCUCGCUAAUAGAAAAAUCGUUGCGGACGCAGAGGAAACUGAAGCGGUAUCUGUAUUUUUUGUCUACUCAGAUAUGUUUGUUUCGCUCGUAUCAAUGGAAAAGCAGUACAGAAAACUGUCUAGUACUGUGAAUACAAUUACAUUGUUGAUCGGAUUGAGCGUGGAGUCUUGAUUUCCACACUAAUGUGAGUAGGGUUUUUAUGAACUACAAAUACUUUUUUUGUUUCUCAUCUCACUCUUGAGAUUGGUAAAAAUAUAACUCAACUUGAACUUACUUUCUUCAUGAUCUUCUUUACUUGACUUCCUUGCAUUUUUCUAUAGGAGGAGUGGCGACUGAUCGUGAAGCCCGCUUGUGAUGCUCUCGAGGACAUCAUUUCGAAGGACAAAGCUCUGGAGAUCAGUAAGGAGAUCGUGACGGCCGCCGGUCUUUUCGCGAAGCGGGCCUGCGCUGUGCAGAACGGCGGCAAAGCAAAGCAGGGUGGCGCGCAGAGUGGAAGCGCGCAACAUCAGUUGUUGAGCCCUCAUCUGGUUUCGACGCUCUUGUUCCUCCGUUUGGACAGGUCCAGGGAGCUGGCGGAGGACGACGAGGAGGAGAAAGACGAGGACCUUGACAGGGAGAUGAUGGAAGGAAGCCUGACCACGAAGAAAAAGAAAGACCUGGUGAAAUUGGAAGCCGAUAUUUUGGCAGAAGUCAUUGUUAUCUACUUGCGCAUCUUGCGAGUGCAUUUCGUGUUCGCAGCGCGCCCGGGUAUCCUCCGCUCCGCUCUGCAAGGUCUUGCCAAGUUCAGCACGCUAGUGAACGUAGAGUUGCUGUUGGAGAUUCUGAAUGAGGUGAAGGACGUGCUGGCGCAUAGUCUGCGCUGUGCGAGCUUCGGAGUGAGCUCGGCCGACGACGCGGGCAAAAAGGUCGAGGCCAGUAAAAACGCUCAAGACUCUCAAACGUCCUCCAACAAGACCGGGAGCUCAGCAUCAACAUCGUCCUCAACCGGAGGAGGAGAGAAUACGGGUGCCGACACAGCGUUGCUCGCGCUCUCAGCGGCGGUGCACCUUUUGAGCUCGCCUGCUGGGCGUGCAUUGAGUCUGGGAGAUGACCUAAAAUGGAUUAGCGACGGUUUGUUCGAGGCUCUACCUUUGUUUUUGCUCUGUCGCAAUGCGCAAACGGCAGAAAUCCUCAAAUGCGUAAACCUCUGUGCGCAGGAGUGCCCUCAACUUUUUUCCAAAAGCAGCUUGGGUUCGGUGGCUCUGCUCUGCGAGGGGCUUGUGCACGACCUCGCUGGCGCCAACAGCAGCGUUGCAGCUUCCCUUGGAGCGCCAAGAAAUUUGAGCAGUGCAAACAGAAAAAGUUCAUCGGGCUCUGCAGUUCUUCCCGCCGGAGGUGCAUCUUCUUCGUGUAGCGGCGCUGCUGUACAUCAGGCACCAGGAACCACGUCCUCCCCAUCGGCUGACUAUUUAGUGGAGGCAGCAAAAUUGCUCUCGAAGCACCAGCGACUCAACAGCCUGCUCACCAGUGACGGCGGUCUUUUUGGCGUGCUAUCGGCUAAUACAGGCCUCACUGAGCGGCCCGUCCAGGUCUUCUACGCUCUUAAUUGCCUAGCGCACAGUCCCGAGCCUCGCACGGCAGCGCUCGCCACGUUUCUGCUCCACCAGAAGGGAAAACUAGUGCAGCUCCCGCCAAGUCUCGUGAGUCCACAUAGCAGUAACAAACGUACGACAUCAUGCCCGCUUGGAGAAGACGAGGCGCACGGGGCACUCGGCUUGGAGGGGGUGCCGCUGCCGAAAAGACAAAAAAUGCAGCAUCGAAAGGUUGAUGUUCUCACAUCGAUAGAUGAAUUGCCGGACGCCUGUCGUGCAGCGACUUUUGUCAUCAAGCGCAAAUAAGACGCCGCUCCUUCUUGUGCCAUCUGUCGUGAUGACUGCUCGCAUGCUUGCAGUAAUGUGAUUACACUCUAAGGAAAAAAUCUCGACUACUAGAUGCAUAGGUUGCCGGCGGAGUCCAUUUGCCGCAAGAACAAGCAAAGGAAGAUUGCGCAAUUGUUAUCUUUCUUUUCUC